AUGAAUAUUCCUUGCACGAGCCAGCAGCAAAAUGUGGAACAUCGAACAACACUGUCAGAAACAGCCGAAAUAUUUGGUAGGGCAGUAGCUUGUAACCUGGACUCCACCGACAAUUGUGAACAAUAUCCUGCAGGAGGUUUUAGUGAUCUUCUACAGAGAGAUGAGCUGACUGACCUGAGGGAAGAAAAUCACCGCCUUCAAGAAGAGAACAAAAUGCUUAGAUGCAAGCUUAAAAACCAACCAGGUAAGAAAAAAAAUUAUUCAUUUCAAUAACAAUUACUUAACUAAUAGUGCCCGUAGUAUUCUACUGUGUUACACUACCGCAUAUGAAAUCGGCUAGAAGGACUAAACCAUCUAAAAGAAUAAAAAAAGGCAAAGAGGGGAAACGUUUACCAUGUUUUAUCGCCGCUGUUGACUCAUUUGCAAUACAUUUUUAUUUAAAGUAUCUAUUUAUGUUACUUACAUUCCUUAAUGGCUGGAAAAUUAACUUUUGUUCCAUCCUUACACACUGAUAUUCCACUUCUAGUUCCAUCUCCCGCUGUACUAAAAUACAUGGAGGAAGUUCUCUCAGCAAACUCUACUGAUGGUUCACAACUCCUUCCCAUUCAAAGUGAUGUCGCUACCCAGGGAUACACUGUAAGAGCUAAUCUGGAGCCACGAUCUACCCAGGUAGGGUAGUUUGCUUGUUUAUUAUGAGGCAGCUGCCCUUCUCUGGUGCACUUGUUACCGCGGAGUUCAAUCAUGAGGAAAUACCCUUUCUUCUCUCUGAAAUCGCCUGGAAUUAAUUUCUCAGAUAUUUGAGAAUCACUUCCUUUCUAUCUCUAAAGCUAAAAGUUUAGCUAAUGACUUCUGAGGGACCUUUUUAUUGUUUUGUCUCAAAUUUUACGUUGAAAAUACCAUUGUUUUUCACAUGCUGGUCUUCCACGUGCAUUAUCCCACGUGGUAAUUUUUCUAAUGUGCAAUUUUCUUUCAUAUAGUUGCCAACCGACACUGUCAGAUUAAUGGAUUAUAGUGACCUACAAGUAAACCGAAUAAAUCUUAGAAGUGUGGUUCAAGGUGGACACUCCAAAGGCCCUUUACAUCUUCUCAAAAAACUAAUUCCUCUCGUCUUCACGACGGAGGAAUUAGGAGGUUCCUGCGGCCAAGGGAUUGGCAAAGGCAAAAAGGGUGGUUUAAACGGGAAUGAUGGCAAGCGUCCCUUGGACCAACAUAAAGUUAACGUGUUUAAAGGUAAGCAUUUUACAGUACUUUUCGCGGGUUUUGAAUAGUCGAUAAAGAAACAAAACAAUUAAGGUUAAGAACCACUCCUGCCACUGCCAAUUGGCCUUUAAUCGUGUCAAUGAGAAUCUUUAUGUUUGCCGUGAAUGUGAGAUCUUCUCUGUUUUUCGUGGUAGCGACGGGUGAAUUCCUAGCCUGUUCCAGGCCUUACGAAUAGUCGGCGAAGGACUCGCCCGCUUCUUCGCUUGCCCCCGACUAUUCGAGAGCCUGGAACAAGUUACGAAAUUCAAGACUUCGCGGGAUGGUGCCACAAUGUUCUCCUCUGCAUGACCGAAACUUUUGGGGAUUUUGGGUUGCGAGACCGAAAUUAAGACCCCAAAAAGAAUAAUUAAGACUGCAGAUGCCCAGAACCGCUCAAAAUACCACCCACAGUACGACACGCGAACAUUUGGCGAGCCAUAAUUUAUUUCUCAGAGACUACUCCCAAAUAUUAUAUAUGCCCGGCAAUUCAGGCACCCUUAUACAGAAAAUGUGGUACCUAAUGAUAACUAUAGCAUAUAUUGAAAACAUAGUUGGAAGCUUCUAACAUAAUAAUAUUUCCUUUUCAGAUUAUGUUACGGCCUUCUGUGUAAAAAACAACAAGGAUCAGCUGAAGGAGAAGGAGAUUAAUCAAGCUUUUACCCAGGCCGUCACAUAUGCAAGAACCAAAUUACAAAAAUACUGCGAGGAAACAGCUGUAUAA